AUGGAGAUGCUAGCAAAUAUUGAGAGAGAUGGUCAUCUCAUGAUCAGAGCAAUGUUUCUCACCCUUUCAGCUAUGGUGGUUGCUUUUUUCUGGUUCCUGUGGAAUUGGAAAAGCUCAAAAAACCCAAUGCCACCAUUGCCACCAGGUCCUCGUGGCCUGCCAUUUCUUGGGAGCCUUCCCCUUUUAGGCCCUAACCUUCACCAUGAAUUCUCCAACUUGGCAACCAUUUAUGGCCCUAUUUACAAACUCCAACUCGGUAGCAAAUUAUGCUUUGUGCUCUCUUCGCCAUCGAUUGUCAAACAAGUGCUUCGUGACCAAGACACCCUCUUUGCUAAUCGUGACCCCACAAUUGCUGCACAGAUUGCCUCCUAUGGAUGCACCGACAUUGCGUUUGGACCCUACGGUCCAGAUUGGACGAGGCUGCGCAAGGUGUUUAUGAGCCACAUGCUGAGCAAAGCCAACCUUGAUGCUUCCUAUGCUCUGAGAAAAGAGGAGGUGCUCAAGUCAAUUAGUCAUGUUUAUGACAAAGUUGGCAGCCCAAUUGAUUUGGGGCAGUUUGCAUUUUUGACAUCAAUCAACACAGUCAUAAGAAUGCUGUGGGGCGGGACUCUAGAAGCAGAGAACGGGGCUGAUCUUGGGGCAGAGUUCAGAAAUGUGGUGGCUGAAAUUAUAGAGUUGCUUGGGAAGCCAAAUGUUUCUGACUUUUUAACUUCGCUUGCAAGGUUUGAUGUGCAAGGAAUUGCGAGGCGUAUGAAGCAGCUUCAAUCUAUGACUGAGAAGAUUUUUGAUUCCGCCAUUGAAAGGCAGAAGAGUGAGGCAGUAGAGAAAGAUGAGGGCCUAGAGCUAAAACAUGAAAGGAAGGACUUUUUACAGAUCUUGUUGGAGCUUAAUGAUCACGAAGAUGGUGCAAAAUCGAUUACUUUGCAACAACUUAAGGCCUUGCUAUUGGACAUUGUGGUGGGUGGGACUGAAACCACAGCAACAAUGGUGGAAUGGGUAAUGGCUGAGCUGAUAAAACACCCAGAUGACCUGAAAAAAGUUCAAGAAGAACUGAAAGAAGUUGUGGGGUUGAAAAACAUGGUUGAAGAGUCUCAUAUACCCAAAUUACAUUAUUUAGACGCUGUGAUUAAGGAGACAUCUAGAUUGCACCCUGCUCUGCCUCUUCUGGCUCCUCAUUGUCCAAGUCAAUCCACCACCAUUGGAGGGUACAACAUACCAAAAGGUUCAACCAUUUUUAUAAAUAUUUGGGCCAUACACAGAGACCCUAAUGUUUGGGACAAUCCCUUGGAGUUUAGGCCCGAGAGGUUCCUCAAUGACCCCCCUAGCAACAACUUUGAUUACAAGGGCAAUAAGUUGGAAUAUCUUCCAUUUGGUUCUGGAAGAAGAAUGUGUGCUGGGCUUCCCUUAGCAGAGAAGAUGAUGAUCUAUGUGUUGGCUUCAUUUUUACAUUCAUUUGAGUGGAGGUUGCCCACUGAUGCAAAGCUUGACCUUCAAGACAAAUUUGGGAUUGUGACAAAGAAAAUGACUCCAUUAAUUGUCAUUCCAACACCCAGGCUAUCUAAACUGGAGCUCUAUGCUUAG